CGAUUCAUACGAUUCAUACAGUCAGGGUGGUGUGUGUGUGUGUGUAUGGGGUGUGUGUCGCUGACAAACAAACGGGAUCAGCGCGCUGACACACAUUGUUGUAUUUUAACUUGCGUUCAUCCGAGCUGCAGCGGACUAAAGGGACCUUCAACAGAAACAUUACAUACAUGCAUAAAUGUGUGUGUUGUAGGAUUUUCGAGGAUUUUAAAGUGGAGUGUUGCAGAUUCUGUCACAUUGGCACAUUCAGACUGGGAGUGACUUCUGCCUGCUUGGCAGUGUUGCAGGUUUCCUAGGAUGGUAUAGGCUAAUCCUCUUUUUUUUAUUCACCAAAGGAAUAAUUGCUGAACUUUUUUUUCGUUCUCCAUGGUGCUUGAAGGCAGGGAGAUGGACGGGAUCGGGUACACCAUGCAGAAGAAGGCUGCGGAGCUGGAGCGGCUGGCCGAGGUGCUCGUAACCGGGGAACAGCUCAGGCUGCGGCUCCACGAAGCGAAGGUGAUCAAGGAUCGGCGACAUCACCUACGAACUUACCCAAACUGCUUUGUGGCCAAGGAGCUCAUUGAUUGGCUGAUAGAACACAAGGAAGCAUCAGACCGAGACACAGCCAUCAAGAUCAUGCAGAAACUUUUGGACCAGAGCAUCAUUCACCACGUGUGUGAUGAGCACCGGGAGUUUAAAGACUUGAAGCUGUUCUACCGUUUCCGGAAAGAUGACGGCACGUUCCCGUUGGACAGUGAAGCCAAAGUCUUUAUGAGGGGGCAGAGGAUCUAUGAAAAGUUGAUGAACACAGAAAACACUCUAUUACAAACCAGAGAAGAAGAGGGCGAUGUGUUCGAGCGGACCCUGGUGGCCUCUGAGUUCAUCGACUGGCUUCUGCAGGAGGGGGAGAUAUCCACCAGAGAGGAGGCAGAGCAGCUGGGGAGAAGACUUCUUGAACAUGGCAUCAUCCAGCACGUCACCAACAAGCAUCAUUUUGUGGACGGGCCGCUCCUCUUCCAGUUCAGGAUGAAUUUCAGGCGGCGGCGGCGGCUGAUCGAACUUCUUCAUGAGCGAAGUCGCUGCAUCCCCGAGAGCCACGACAGCCCGUUCUGUCUCCGCAAACAGAACUCAGAAGGAGGCAACACCAGCUUUCUCUCAGUGAGUCCCACCAAAGAGAUAAAGGUGGUGGUUCGGCGAAGCAGCAUGAGCAGCAGCUGUGGCAGCAGCGGUUAUUACAGCAGCAGUCCUACACUCAGCAGCAGCCCACCUGUGCUGUGCAACCCCAAGUCUGUUCUGAAAAGACAAGUGAGUCCAGAGGAGCUGCAGACACCGGGAGGACCUUUUCUAAAGAAGACAUUUACUAUUAUGGGGGAUGCUGUGGGCUGGGGCUUCGUGGUGCGAGGUAGUAAACCCUGUCACAUCCAGGCUGUGGACCCAGGUGGACCUGCAGCUGCUGCUGGCAUGAAGGUGUGUCAGUUUGUGGUGUCAGUGAACGGGCUGAAUGUCCUCUCUCAGGACUACCGGGCUGUCAGCAGCCUGAUCCUAACUGGACCCCGGACAAUCGUCAUGGAGGUGAUGGAGGAGGCAUAAGUUUAAGGAGGGCAACAACAGAAUCCCUCAUUAACAAGUAGUGCAGUAAUAACUUUGGAGACUACAAGGUUUAGUACUUGACCUCAUAACCACAGUGACAGAGCGAUGUGGAAGCCGCUCUCUUCAAUCAUUGUUCGGACAAGAUGGAAGACAGAGCGUGUCUUAAGAAUGUGGGUAUUUGAGUGAAGUCAUUGAUGCAACCUGUGGACAAAACACAAAAGGUUGUACUUGAUUUUGUUUUUAAGUUCAAGAGCCGCCAUCUCUUCAGCUGAUGACCAGACUGCUCCAAUGUGCCAGAAACAACUCUCAGUCUCAGAGUCAAUGAAAAGGCCCCAGAGCUUGUGUUUGGAACAGAAGAACCCUUAAUCCCUGUUUUUGUUUUGAUUUAUGAGCCAGAACUUUAUCACAAUUCUAAAGAUGAAGAGUGUUUAACGGACGCUAAAGGAUGAGAGACACAUUUACAUCAGAACCAGGAGACACACAAGUCAAAUCUGAAAGUGUAACAAAGAGGAAGAAAAUCCCAUGUUAACAUUUUCUGUGACCUCUCCCCCAGUUACUUAAAGAAGCUCAGACUGAAGCUUCUGAAGGCUCAAUACUGCCCUCUACUGGGAGAGACAAUGUCAGGAACGGAGGAAAACAACUACAGUUUCAGAAUAGUUUGUUCUGUCAUUGGAAGCCAACAUGUUAAAAAGUAUAACAUUCUACCCCUGUGUAAAAGUGUUCAAAAAUAAAUUGCUAGGUAGAUUCAUAUAUAGCUCUUAAGAUUUAGUUAGUUGACAGAUAAAAGUGCAGUGAUAUGCUGUAAGUGAAAUUAACAGGCACAAUGUACAAAGAGAAGUUACUAAAGACUUUUUGCACAAACAAACUGGAGACUAAUAGUGUUUAUGGGAUAGGAGCGUCAUUAGACUUCCAGCUUAAACAACGGCAGCACUGAGAACAUCAUGGAGACUUUAUGAAUAUUGUUUUUUUUUUUUUUUAGAAUUUAUAACCCCUGAACUUUUUGGUAUCUUUCAGUUUUCUUUUACAAUGACAAUGUGUCAUAAAACCAGUUUUUUAUAUAAAACAUCAGAGAAUUAAUCUUCUCUGUUAUGCUUUCCGUUCAGCCAUUAAAUGCUAUCAGGAAAUGUAUCUUAGACACGUUCCUUUUUUUGUGUGCCAAAAAGUACAAAAAAAACCUUUAAGGAUAAAUACGUGUCAAAAGACUUGGAACAGAUUGGAGUUAUAUUACCCCAUCCAGAUUUAGAAAAUUGUAUUUACUUACAGCCAAGUUGGCCUUGAAUUGAGAAUUGGUUUCUGUAUUAUUUGAUGUUAAAAUAAUAUUUUCAUGAAACAUUUGUUUUUAAUGAAAGGAAGAACUUAGGUGACAAUACUGCCCUAUUCUUUCUGAAUAAAAUGAAGAAUUUGAAUAUGCCUAUGUAAGCACACAAUCUCUGUAAUGAUUGCAAAUCAAAUGUAACUCAUCUCCAGAGUAAAAGAGAGGCAUCUGAAAAGCUACAUUCAUCUUUGAUUUGUAGGAAAAAAAAGACUCUUAAAGACGCUGUCAGUUCUUCUAGUUUGAUACACAUUUAGUCAAAUUCAGCAUUUAGACCCUGAGUUCCCUCCCGAUAUGUGGACAACCGUGUGACCUUCAUUCGAAUAAUGGUCAAAUAAAAUGUAGUAAAUAUUUUGCUGUUGUUUGAUAUCAGCCAGUACUUACAUUAAAUAAUGUUUCAUUUUGAAAACAUGGACCCUCCUAUGAAUACAUAAUCUGAAAACCUUCACAAUUGUAAAAUAUGGCACAACUCAAACAGGAUAAAAAAAAUUAUGUAUCACUUAAUGAUCUGAAAUGUAUUUAUUUUUGUACAGCCUUGUACAUGAGAACAAAGAAGCAAGAGGAGCCACGCAACACAAUGGGGCGUACAUGCCUGUGCUCAGGACAGGGCAAAGACACAGGGACAACAGGGACAGAACAUUUUGACCAUACUAACAUGCUUACCACACAUUCUGAGGAAGACACGUCAUAGAGAAAGCCAAAGAGGAGAUGGUCAGAAUACAUUUCAUAUAUAAAGCAAUGUUGGUGUUCAGGCUGUGUUAACAUCUUUACAACAUUUGAGAAACCAGUUGUGGUGAGAUUCUGAGACUAGCCCAGUUAUCAGUGUUGUUGCCUUGAGAAGUGGGACAUCUACUCAUUUGGGGGUGGAGCCUCUGGAGGCGCGUUUGUUUGGCUCUGUAGUUUUUCUAUAAAUAAUCUUUCAAGAAUAACUGACACCAAUCUUUAAAGCAGGCUUUAGUUUUAAACGAAUGGAUUUGUAGCCUCUGAAUUAAUAUCAGACUUAACUGUAUGUUUAUAGACUGUGCCAUCAUGUGAUUAGACAGACUAGCAUGAUAGGAUCACAUUAUACAGUUAUAAGAAGAGCAUGAAUUAAUAAUGUUUGUUCUGCUCCAACAGUAACACAAAGUGUGUGUCUGUAUUCAUAGUUGAUUAGUGAGUAAACUCUUGUUUACCUUGUAUGUUUCAGACAAAAUCCCACUGACUGGUUCAUUGGAUGUGUACUUAGUCUCGCCGUAACGUAAAAUCAUGACUAGAAAACUUGUCUUUAGAAAAGCUUUUCUUUUCAUUGUGAACAUAUAUUCAGGAAAUCGUUAUUGCCAAACAGUAGAAUAAACUAUGUUACAUGCCUCUCAGUGUCUACUGUGAGUAUUCAGUGGACAUCUCUUUGGUGUUUCUCAGUGUGCUUAGAUGUUGUAAAAUGCAUGAUUCCUGUAAAUAUGUGCUUCUAAAGCCUUAGCUGCUUAUCCAAAGCGCUUUUCCAGUCUGUUUACCUCCGAAAUGAUUUUUCACAUUUCUCAGUCCUGCAGGUAAAGAAAGAUUGGAGCCUAUAAACGUCUUUGGUUUCACAUGCCUUCUGCAUCCCUACUUAUUAAAAUAACAGAACAAAGUUUAUGAGAUUAUUAUAGAUUAUAUUUGAGAUUCUCAUCUGUGUUCUAUCAUUAAUGGGAUGGAAAUUCAUGACAUUUUGACUUUUCAUUUGAUCUAAAGCUAACUUACAGUAUUUCCUGUAUACAAUCUGAACUUUAACCAGAUAUUUCAAUAUUUCAUACUUUUUGCCACAUUUCGGAUGUUUCCAUAGAGCCAUGAAACAGUUAUAUUGUUCUACUACUACAGUCCUUUUUUUUCUCUCUGGUAACUGUAAAGAAGUGAUGUGGCUGAAGGCAGUUUGGAAAUGGUACAAAAGAUGAUUUAUUGACUUUUGGUCGGCUGAAACGGGUUCACUGACUGUUCAAACUAAACGCCUGAAAGUGUUUGCCUUAACAUCUUAUUUUGCUGCUAAUCCCACGUGUUGUUGAUUUAAUGUCUUGUUCUUUUCUCCAGCUCUGUUAGCUAUAACGUGGUGUUUAGAAAGUGCUCAUUAAACUGUUAUCAUGCAUUAGUUAUGUUGACAAUCAUUGUUUUAUAGACACUACCAUGAAAAAGCACAUGUUUCUAGCAAUGAUCUGAGAGGGUGUAUUACACCAUUAUCGCCAUGUGCUGUUCAUAUUCUCACUUUUGUACUUACAUGAUAGAGCCACAUGUUUCACUAAAGGGAGUAUCUGCUUAAUGUUCACCACAUGAGGCCAGAUAGGGUUUCCACAGUAUUUUCAGCUGGUGCAGCUGUUUUAAUUUCCUCUGCUAUCACAGGUUGAAUGUAGGUUUUGUCGUUGAUACAUAUUUGCUUUUACCGCAGUCUAUUUUUGAAAAAGCAGCUAAACCUCAUUCUGAUGCUCCGAUGAAUUAAACAGUCAAUUAAGUGUUUAAUAAAGAAACUGAUUCUA